CGCCGGCGGGAGAAGGAAAUAACGGAGCAAAGCAAUUCUCCUAGGUCGGAGAAACGGUCCACGGAGUAGUAAGCCGAUCACCAACCAGAGAUGACGGAGCCAAGGCGAUUGAGAGGGCACAAAGCCACCGCCACGUGUUGCAUAGCCUCACGCGACCGUCCUGGCAUCGUAGUAACCUCCGGCGAGGAUGGUCGUGUGUGCUGGUUCGAUAUGCGAUGCAAAGAGGUACAGUUCGUUAUGGAGGUCGGGGAGCAACCAAUUUCGUCCUUGUGCUUCAAGCCAGGAAAUGAAGAUAUCCUCUAUGUUUCCUCCGGGAGUGAAGUUAAGUGUUUGGAUGUGCUCAUGGCCAAUGACUGGAAGCCAUUGAGGACUUACAACUACAACAAGGAUGAGAUAAAUCAGAUUGCGUGCAACUCGAGGGCUGCGUUCCUUGCUUCUACAGACGAUGCUGGUGAUGUUAAGAUUAUUGACAUUCACCAGCAUUGCCUGUAUAAAACAUUGCGGGCUGGCCAUUCAAGUAUCUGUAGCAGUGUGCAGUUUAUCCCUUGGAGACCAUGGGAAGUCAUUACUGGAGGUCUUGACUCAAAGCUCAUUAUGUGGGACUUCUCAAAAGGGCGCCCAGUCAAAAUUGUUGAUUUUGGCUCUAACAGUAGUAGUAAUACAACACAAUGUCUCAAUCCUGCUUUCGUUCAUGCAAUAGCGGUUCCAGAUGUUGAUAUGGUCGACAAUGCAGGCAAGAUAUGUGCAGUAGCUAGGGGUGACGGUGUUCUCGAUGUGAUAGACAUUGAAGUAGAACUUGCUUCUGCUAUUAGGUCGAAAAGUAUGGCAAAAGCUAAGAAAGGGUCUCAAAUAAAAUCCAAUAACGAAGCCGAAUCAAGCACAAGCGGCGAAACAACAGCCAACACGAAUCAAAGCAGCAGGUUGCAUUUAGAUUACGAGUUGGGGGGCCAUACUGCUGCAGUAUCGUGUGUCGGGUUUUCAUUGUUUGGGGAUAAGGGGAAGUUCAUAGUUUCUGGAGGGAAUGAUAAGUCAGUAAAGCUGUGGGAUUGUUCCCGACGCGAGACAGUCCAGCAGGAUGGUGGCAGCAAUAAUGGGCUGCUACAUCUAAGCAUCAGUUUGAGCAAAAAGGUGAAUUGGCUAUGUACAACUCCUACUGAGUCAGAGAACCUUGUCAUAUGCGACACAACUAAAGUAGUGAAGGUCUAUUCCGUUACAUGAUCAGCAUUUUGGAGUAUGGCAAGAUAUGGAUGAAGUCCUGUACUCAGCGAGAAAACAGCUUUAACCCAUUCAAGAUCAGGGUCAGAAGUGUCCAUUUUUGUGUACCAUGAAAGUUCAGUGAUUGAAGCAGGAUGGAUCUACUUGAUAUUCCUCCUGGAAUGCUCAAUUUUGCAGAUGAACAGUAUUAGUUGCAGAAUAGCACCAGUACUAACCUUCAUCUUGCCCCUUUCUCGAUCCUGACAAAGCUUAGGACUCGGUCACAGCUGCAUAGGACACUGUAAUUUGAGCUGAAUUUAAGUGUACUGUAGAUUGAAAAGAGGAAAGAAAGAGCCUUUAGUCACUCAUUCAUGCUGAUAGAUGCUUGUUCCGCCAUAAUCUCGUCUGAACAUGGAUCUUGAUCUCGGUGGUCGGCGUUGUUGCAAUUGCACUGCCAUUUUCUCCCCACCAGGCAAGCUGUGGACUUUCUCCAGACCCUGACUUGGAUAUUAACUAGUUAGCGUAAGGGUACUGUUUCUUUACAGGCACAGGGGACUUGAGAACAAAGCCUCUUCUGUUGAGUUAGCUAAGGAUGGGGGCUCCUCAACUAAAUUUAACUUUCCUUCAACUUCCCGCAUAAAAAUUUGAAACCCAAUCUCUGCCUUUCUUGAGGGUGGGAAAAAUAGACGUUGCUUCGUCUCAAUCUCUCAUCACCUUUCUCUCUGCACAACCCAUGACACCAACACUGCAACCUCCACCCAACCAUUUCACCUUCCCAUGAAAGCUUCACCAUUAGAGCAAUGCAAUCACAUUGCUAUUGCAUUUUGAUUAUUAAAUAUAAAAACUGGAUCAUGGCAACACAAACUGAGUAAUUGCUGACCUGGGGUUCUCUUUAGCAAGAAAUAGGGGCAAAAGCAAGAUGAUGGAACCCGGGGCUCCUGUGUGCGACACCUGUGGCGAGGCCGUUGGGUUGAAGCCAAAUGGGGAGUUGUUUGUCGCUUGCCAUGAGUGUAACUUCCCAAUGUGCAGAUCUUGUGUCGAGUAUGAGGCGAAGGAAGGCCGGAAAGAAUGCUUGAGAUGUAGCUCCCCAUAUGAUGAGCAUUUACUUGAUGAUGAUGCUGACCAAAAUCCACCUGGUGGUAGUCGAUCCACCAUGGCUGCUCAUCUCAGUGAUCCACAGCCUCAGGAUGUUGGGAUUCAUGCUAGGCACGUCAGCACUGUGUCUACAAUCGACAGUGAAAUGAACGACGAAUCCGGGAACCCGAUUUGGAAGAACCGGGUUGAGAGUUGGAAGGAUAAGAAGAAUAACAAGAAGAAAAAGGGUGCUAAAAAUAACAAGACUGAGCAAGCACCAGCUGAGAUUCCACCUGAGCAGCAGAUGGAAGACAAGCAGCCUGGAGAAGCUUUAAUGCAGCAGCCACUUUCAGAAAUCGUUCCAAUGUCUCGAAACAAGCUUACACCAUAUAGGGCUGUGAUCAUAAUGCGAUUGGUCAUUCUUGGUCUGUUCUUCCACUACAGAAUAACGAAUCCUGUCGACAGUGCUUUCGGUCUCUGGCUCACUUCUGUCAUUUGUGAGAUCUGGUUUGCCUUUUCUUGGGUAUUAGAUCAGUUCCCUAAGUGGUCUCCCAUCAACAGAGUCACAUAUCUGGACACCUUAUCUGCAAGGUUUGAAAGGCCCGGUGAACCAUGUGAGCUUGCUCCUGUGGACUUCUUUGUGAGCACAGUCGAUCCAUUGAAAGAACCGCCAUUGAUUACUGCCAACACGGUGCUUUCCAUCCUGGCUUUGGACUACCCCGUGGAGAAGGUCUCCUGCUAUGUAUCUGAUGAUGGUGCUGCCAUGCUCUCGUUUGAAUCUCUGGCUGAAACAGCUGAGUUUGCAAGGAAGUGGGUUCCGUUCUGCAAAAAAUAUUCGAUUGAACCAAGGGCGCCUGAGUUUUACUUCUCCCAGAAGAUUGAUUACUUGAAAGACAAGGUUCAGCCUUCUUUUGUGAAAGAACGUAGAGCUAUGAAGAGGGACUAUGAAGAGUACAAAAUUAGAGUGAAUGCAAUGGUAGCCAGGGCUCAGAAAACACCUGAAGAAGGUUGGACUAUGCAAGAUGGAACGCCGUGGCCUGGAAAUAACACCAGAGACCACCCUGGAAUGAUUCAGGUCUUCCUCGGAAACACUGGAGCUCGAGAUACGGAUGGAAACGAGCUCCCCCGUCUAGUUUAUGUCUCUAGAGAGAAAAGACCAGGCUACCAACAUCACAAAAAGGCUGGUGCUGAAAAUGCUCUCGUGAGAGUUUCUGCAGUUCUCACUAAUGCACCCUACAUCCUCAAUCUUGAUUGUGACCACUACGUAAACAACAGCAAGGCAGUUAGGGAGGCAAUGUGCUUCUUAAUGGAUCCGCAAGUUGGUCGAGAUGUGUGCUAUGUUCAGUUCCCUCAAAGAUUCGACGGUAUUGACAAGAGUGAUCGGUAUGCCAAUCGCAAUGUGGUCUUCUUCGAUGUUAACAUGAAAGGACUGGAUGGGAUUCAAGGACCAGUUUAUGUGGGAACAGGUUGUGUUUUCAAUAGGCAAGCACUUUAUGGGUAUGGACCUCCUUCAAUGCCUACCUUAACCAAGAGUUCCUCCUCCUCGUCAUCAUGUUCGUGGUGCGGCUGUUGCUCUUGCUGCUGCCCAACGAAGAAGAAGAAGGCUGAGUUAGAUGCGACCGAGGUUUACAAAGACGCAAAAAGGGAGGAGCUCAAUGCUGCCAUCUUCAAUCUUCAUGAGAUUGACAGUGAGUCGCAUUCCAAAAACUAUGAUGAGUAUGAGAGAUCAAUGCUGAUGUCCCAGAGGAGCUUCGAGAAAACUUUCGGAUUGUCUUCCGUUUUCAUCGAGUCCACAUUGAUGGAGAACGGAGGGGUGCCUGAAUCCGUCAACUCAUCGGCACUCAUCAAGGAGGCAAUUCAUGUCAUCAGCUGCAGCUAUGAAGAAAAGACAGAGUGGGGCAAAGAGAUUGGUUGGAUAUACGGAUCCGUGACAGAGGACAUCCUAACUGGAUUCAAGAUGCAAUGCCGUGGGUGGAGAUCCAUCUACUGCAUGCCGUUGAGGCCAGCAUUCAAAGGCUCUGCGCCAAUCAAUCUUUCUGAUAGGCUUCACCAGGUCCUGAGAUGGGCGCUUGGCUCGGUUGAAAUCUUCUUGAGCAGACAUUGUCCACUCUGGUAUGGCUUUGGAGGAGGCCGCCUCAAAUGGCUGCAGAGACUUGCCUACAUCAACACCAUUGUUUACCCUUUCACUUCCCUUCCUCUCAUUGCCUACUGCUUGAUCCCCGCCAUCUGCCUUCUCACCGGCAAAUUCAUCAUUCCAACGCUGUCGAACCUGGCGAGCGUGCUCUUCCUGGGCCUCUUCAUGUCGAUCAUCCUGACCGCGGUCCUCGAGCUGCGAUGGAGCGGGGUCGGGAUCGAGGAUCUGUGGCGAAACGAGCAGUUCUGGGUGAUCGGCGGCGUGUCCGCCCACCUCUUCGCCGUAUUCCAAGGUUUCCUGAAAAUGCUGGCCGGAAUCGACACGAACUUCACGGUCACGGCAAAGGCGGCAGAGGAUGCAGAGUUCGGGGAGCUCUACAUGGUGAAAUGGACGACGGUCCUCAUCCCUCCGACGACCCUCCUGAUCGUGAACAUCGUCGGCGUGGUGGCCGGAUUCUCCGACGCGCUGAACAAGGGUUACGAGGCGUGGGGGCCGUUGUUCGGGAAAGUGUUCUUCGCGUUCUGGGUUAUACUCCAUUUGUACCCGUUUUUGAAGGGUUUGAUGGGGCGGCAGAACAGGACGCCGACGAUUGUGGUGCUUUGGUCGGUGCUUUUGGCGUCGGUGUUCUCGCUGGUUUGGGUGAAGAUCAAUCCUUUUGUUAACAAGGUUGAUCCCAUGGAGAUUGCUGGAACGUGCAGCUCGAUUGACUGCUGAAGAGAGUGAUGACCCACGUAAUCCUGGCGGGGAAAGGAUUUGUAUCCUUGAUGCUGAGAAAUAUGUUGUUUGUUUUAGAGAGGGAGGGAUUGGGUUUAGUGGAAGAUUUUGUAUUGUUGUCAAAUUAUGGAUAAAAUCUUCAGUGAUUUGAUUUAAUGAGAAGUGAAUCGAGUUCUUAUGAAUGAGUAGUGAAUCAAAGAAAAGUGUGACGAAUU